CUUCGGAAACGUUGUCAGUACUGAUCUUAACGUUUGUUUUUCCAACGUUGACAUUUUUUUUUUUUCACUACAACUAUUUGUGUGUGUGAUGCAUCGCCCGGAUGUUUUUAGGAGAAACGUCCGACCGCCCGCACUGUUUUUGAUAAACCUUCAUGACCGCAGCCUUAACCUGAUUGGGUAUUUGUCCAAAGAGGAAGUGAAAACAUGUUGCGCUAUUUUCGAGCACGCUGAACCAGAGACGCAGGUUAUUUGUGGACAAUGUGAAAUAAGUAAACCUGUAAACCGUUUUCAGUAGCUGUAGGCGAUCUCUUACAGCGUGCGAGCGCUGGAAAUGCAAAAGGUCCACUUUACAGAUGGACACUCGGGAUUAAUUUGAGAGCUCAGACGCAGCUUCCUGGUUUUUUUGCUCUCCAAGAGGAAUAAAAGUCAACGUGUCAGUCAUAAAGACAAAUCAGCUCUGCAGAGAGGCAGAAAUGGAUCAAGCACGACCGCAGACGACACAAGAAAACAAGGUGUCAAUGUCACAGCGGUACAAGGAACACAGUGAUGACUCCACUGACAAAAGGGCUACCAACAACACUGUGUCACCCACUAAGGGUGAGAAGAGGGUGUUCAGAAGAGUGAGAAGUCCAUCUAGACCAAGGGCAUGGUUGUCCAGCGCUUACAAACCGAAGUUUGGAGGGCAUUUCUACAAGCCUCGUUUUCCAAGGGAUGACCAUUCAUUCCACAAAGCCGGAUUUGGCAGCCAGCGGCACCACCACUUGAGCCACCAGGCUUACGUCCACCAGAGAGAGCACUUACAGUCUAAAUUUCACCACAUUCCACUGAGGGAGAGGGUCAGGAAGAAGGAGCAAGUGAAGGAGAAGGAAAAGUAUGAGCAGAGAGAGAGCACUGAAGGAAGUUCAUCUCCAAAGCAAGAAAAGACUACUAGACCUUACUCAUCAAGGUCCUCUUCCAGCAGAGACAAGGACACGCAGUUCACUAGCGACAGGAAUCAAAGCAGAGAGAGAGAUCACAGGGGGACAAAAAGCAGAGAACGAAGCAGAGACAGGGAGCUCCCUUCAACUGUGAGCCAGACGGCGGCACGAGACAGAGCUAUCCAACAGAAGAGGAAAGAGAUAGAUGAGGUGUACUAUCAGGAAUGUGAAAUGUUUGGCUUUGUAGUAAAGAUGCUGAUUGAAAAGGAUCCAUCCCUGGAGCGUUCCAUCCAGUCCUCGUUGCAGGAGAACCUCAGGGACAUUGGCAAGCGCUGUGUAGAAGCCAUGGAGAAAUUUAUUGAAGACUACGACUCACGUUGAUCAGACCUGUCUUCUUAGCCUGUAAAGUGCUGAGAGUUGGAUUUUAAUUGAUUUAUUGCUACUUUUGUUUUUUCUUAUUUUUGCUAAUCUUGUGCAUUCCUCUCUGCUGCCUGUAUGAAAUCUGUGCUCGGUUUAAAACUGAACACUGGUGAAAACUUAAUAUUUAAUCAUGCUUGUUAUUUUGAGAUUUGAUGAUGCUGAUGAUGCACUGGUUGUAUUGCUCAAAAACGUCUUUAAAAAUGUAUUUUGAUAUGACAUAAUUUAUUUUUGCUUGCUUAUUAAUAAAC